GCUUGGAUCGUGGUAGGUGCUGUGUCACACAAGCAGCCACAGUUUACGUCUGUGCAAUUUUAAUGCGGCAUCCACUCAGGACAGCAUAGCGACUGUGCGAACGUACUUGCGAGACGCACCACUCAGAGAGAGACGCGCUACUUUAUUUUUUACCGACUUGACCUCGGGAUAUGAUACAGAGCUGUUGCCAGGUUUUGAACAACUAUUGCGCACGAAUAUAUUGGAUUUAUUGUCGUGUGGAAUAAAGACGCAUAUCUGAAAAUGAACCCGCCGUGCGCGCGCUGUGGGAAAAUUGUCUAUCCGACAGAGAAAGUCAACUGCCUUGAUAAGAAUUGGCAUAAAGGAUGCUUCCACUGCGAGGUGUGUAAGAUGACCCUGAACAUGAAGAACUAUAAAGGCUACGAUAAGAAGCCCUACUGCAAUGCGCACUACCCCAAGCAGUCCUUCACCAUUGUGACUGACACCCCAGAGAACCUGAGACUGAGACAUCAGAGUGAAUUGCAGAGCCAGGUGAAAUACAAAAAGGACUUUGAGGAUAGCAAAGGCAGAGGCUUCAGCAUUGUGUCUGACACACCAGAGCAACAGAGACUGAGGAAGACACAGGAGCAGAUCAGUAAUGUAUGCUUCUGUGUGGUCACUUCCUCUAUAUCCCCUGGUCUCCAUGGUUACCCCUCCUUCCUCUUCCUGUCCUUGUUACCUCAUCACACCCCUGACCUUAGUGUGGGUGUCCUGUUUGUACUGUUGUGGGGAGUCUGUCAAUGUUACAUAAUGUGGAGGAAUGGAGGAGAGGAAAGUGUCUGAACUGUGUGUGUGUGUGUGUGUGUGUGUGUGUGUGUGUGUGUGUGUGUGUGUGUGUGUGUGUGUGUGUGUGUGUGUGUGUGUGUGUGUGUGU